UAUCCUUGUCGCAUAUACGUCGUUUACAUUUUACAGCGGGGAUAUCUUUAAAAAACGCUAUAUUUUCCCGCUGUGAGUAAUCAAUCUCCGAUCGCACAAUUAUAUCUGUCUCUAAUACUACGUUCGUUAAUCACGCAGCAAUAAAAUCAUUAACGAGAAGAUCUCAUUGUUUCAUAAACUCGUUAAGCGAAGAUUAACCUUUGUUUUCUUAUUCGACGCGUUUGAAGAGCAAAGUUUCGAACACGCGUUACGUUGAUCAAAUUGAACUGAUCGCGUGGGUCGAGCCAGCCACUCACAAAUUAAUAAACGCUCUAAAACGUCGUGUACACCGACCGGAAGUGCGACGGAGCAGAAGUCUGAUCGGCGAGCAAACGAAACGCGGCCGUCGAAGAGCCACAUGCUGAGAAAGCGAGGAUCAACCACGCGAGUACAGAAACUCCGAUCAUCAUGAGGCCUUGGACCAACAAAUUCCUCGGCCUUGGGCUCUUCGGUCUGUUACUGAUCGUGUCUGGCACCAUUCUGUACUUCUCUUCGCCAGCCAUCUUUCACCACAUCCUCCAAAAAGAACUACCGUUGACACCGACGUCAAAGGCGUUCGAGGUAUGGAACGACACGAGCAGUUUGCCACCGAUGUAUUUAAAGAUUCACUUCUUCAACUGGACGAAUCCGGAAGAACUGCUGACUAAAGGGACGAAGCCUAACCUCGUGGAAGUUGGACCUUACGUGUUUCGGGAGAUCAGGCAAAAGGCAGACGUGGUGUUCCAUCCCGAGAAUCAUACGGUCAGCUACUUAUAUCGACGGUGGUGGUUCUUCGAACCGGAAUUAACCAACGGCUCUUUGAAUGACUCUAUCACGCAGUUAAACACCGUCGCAAUAUCGGCCAAACACAAAGUACGUUUUUGGGACGGCACGUUUCAAACUACUUUGUCGUUCAUGUUAACCACGACGAAGAUACACGUCACGAAGACGGUGGACGAACUUCUGUUCUCCGGUUACGACGAUUCUCUCAUCAGGUUAGGAAAAUUAGCAGCUAUGGGGGAGGACAUACCACCGUUUGACAAGUUCGGUUGGUUUUAUAUGAGAAACGGGUCCACGGUAUUCGACGGGCACUUCAACAUGGACACCGGUGUCCACGACAUCAGCCAAUUCGGAGUUUUGAGAAAGUGGAAUCACAAGGACACGACGAAAUUCUUUAAGAGCCCGUGCAACGUGAUAGAAGGGAGUGCCGGCGAAUUCUGGCCUCCUUAUCGCCGGAAAGACGAGAUCUCCCUGUUCAGCGGCGACUUGUGCAGACCAUUGACAUUCGAUUACGCACAGACGACUUAUCACAUGGGCAUGGAGGGUUAUCGGUAUAUACUGAGCGAGAAAACAUUGGGAAACAACACCAGAAGACGCUACCCUCAUGAUCAAGCGAAAUACUUCGAGCAGACAACAACCACCGAAGACUUCUUCGACGCCGAUCACUCGGCGGAAAGCACGGAUCUUCCGGAAGAGGAUCCGGACGUUGUAAAUAUAGGAAAUUGCUUUUGCAACGGAAGAUGCACCCCUGCUGGACUGAUGAACGUCAGCGCGUGUCGAUACGGUGCACCUGUGUUUAUUAGCCUACCUCACUUCAAUAGGGCUGAUCCCAGCCUCAGGGAACGAAUCAAUGGGGUCGAUCCGCAAGACGAUCAUGACUUUUUCAUCACCCUCGAACCGACGACUGGAAUUCCUCUCAAAGUUUCCGCCAAAUUGCAGGUCAACAUUCUGCUAGAACCAUCAAAGACAGUGUCACUUUUCAGAUCCGUCCCAACCUUAUAUUUCCCAGUAUUAUGGUUCUCGUUGGAUGUGGAAGCCACUCAGAGUUUCGUCGACGAGUUGAAAAAGCUUCUGUCUUUCCCCGACGUCUGCAUGUAUGUCGGAAUGAUCAUGAUUCUCGUUGGGUCUCUAAUAAUUUUCACCGUAGCGCUAUUGUACCUGUUAAACAGACAACGCGCAAACACACUGACUAGUGACAAGACCACCAAAUUGGAAAUGAUAGGUUCUGGAGAGAAGUCGGAACUGGUAUACAUGGACAAAAAUAGCAGCAACGAAGAUUCUCAUGUAAGAAACGAUCGCAAAUUGUAUCCAAGUUCGAUCGAAUGUUUCAACGUAGAUCUACAGUCGAAGCUACAGAACCAAAAGUAGACGGAGUACGGGUGCAGAGCUGUCGAUGGACUCGAAUAGAAUCGAGCGAUGAAGGAACCUCUAUUUCCGCGAUCGAAUAGACAUUACAGUCAUCGUUGUUUCUCUCGCAGGAAUUCGUUGAUCUCUCUGAGGUUCAUAAACGAAGAGUCACGCAUUCGAAAUUACACACAUUUUUAAAACGCUUUUUUGUACAUAAACCAAGAAACUUGUAAUUUUUGUAAAGGGACUUUAUCAGCUGUUUUUGAACAAGGGACAGCGCGAAAUGUGUUCAUGUUUAGGCAAAGAACAUGCCAGGACUUGUAAACGAUUAAACCUUGAUCGUUGAUCAAACAUUUGAGUAGUUCGAUUCGAGUAGAUAAUACAUUUCUUAUUGUUCAUUUCUUUUAUUCGAAAGCAACGUUCGAUCGAGGGUAAGACUGACAAAAAGGGUAAUGGUUCAAGCUUUAAUUUUAAUUGGUGUUUUAAUUACGAUCAGAAUCGAGUAUCGAUGAAAAUUUGAAGAAUCGUUAGUUUACGAUUGGUACCAAGCUUUAAUAGAAGAUUUUGAUGGGACCAAGAGAAACUGCUCAAUCGUAGGCAUCGUUCGCGAUCGUUGAGAAUUAAACGGCGAUAACGAAUCGCCUUGAUUCGACGAUGCCUAAUUUCCGUGGCUAUUAAUCAGCCACUCGUCCGUGUAGAUGAUUGUUGUACGAUAAACAAUUAUGUUAUCGUCGACAUCAAUUACAGUUCCUCCCGUUCUGAACAUUCAAUUUGUACUAAACUUUAUAAUCGCGAUCAAGUGUACAGCUAUGCCUCCAACUUAGGAUAAGUAAGUGUCACCUGUGCCUUUUAUUUUUAUGUAAGGUGUCGACGAACGUGGACAAAUAAAUGUGGCACGUUUAACGUUUAAGUUACAACGAUUCGGUCGAGUGCAGUUUCGUGAUUGCGUAACUGCAAACCUAUCUUAUAAUAAAUUACAAAAAAUAUGUACAUGGCCAGUGAUAUUGGCUUUCCCAGAAUCGUGCAAUUUUGUAUUGUAUUUUAAUAAAAAUUUGAAACUUUCAUCGCGGUGA